UCAAUUGUUAUUGUCGAAUUGGGAUUUUCGUCAUCAUCGUCGGCAAGAGAAGCAACAAGCGUCUGUCUAACGUCAAAUAAGAAGUCGCGGUACAGUUUUUGGCUUGAGUCGUCAUCAACGAAAUAUUGUGCGAAUAAUUCAAGUUUUUCGCGAUAUAAUCACGGUAAACUAGCAGUUUUAUUGAUUUAAAGUUCGUUGAUACAAUCGGUGGCUUUGGGGAUUUGUGACGGAAGCCAGAAACUAUCGGCGGAAACAGCCAGAGAACUCGUUUGGAAUUUUGGUGGGAAAGACGCUUUGCAUGAUUUUCUGUGCAAUAUCAGGUUAUAACAAUUGUGAGCAUAAUGGGGAAUAAAAGGUUGAAAAAUCGCAGGCAAUCAAUGGCAGUUGUGGCACUUGCAAAGCAACAGGCGAAAGCGUCCACAAGAAUGACUCGUCGGAAAAGUCUUUACCCAACAGACACGGUACGAUCUGAUGAGGAUGUUGAAGAUGUUUUGGAGUCGUACCAAAUCUCCACCCGCAACGGCGCCACCAUUAAAAUCCAACAAGAAUCCAUGUCACUCGCGGAUGUACAGCCUGCGAAAAAGAUACGCCGAAGUUCCCCCAUCGUUGAACCCAAAGCGGCUGAAAGAGAUUCCCAAAAGGCUGAAGUUCCAGAUUCAAAUAAUUCGCCAUCAUUUUCGCAACCGUCUGUAUUAACACGCGAGCUUCGAGUUCAACUGAAACGAACAAAACUUAUGACAUCCCCGCAGACUGAAAAACCACACACCCAAUCCGUACUACCACAAAAAACUGCCCCUGAUACAUUGGAAGAAAAGAAGCAAAUCCUCACUGCCAAACCAAAAGUAAGCCCACCGAAGCAGAGAGCUUCCGAAUUGGCAACCAUUAUAACACGUCAAUCGGCAGAAUCAUCCUCCUCUCUUCUUUCGAUGGCCGAAAUAGAGGAUCGUUUGAAAUCGCCCAAGCGCUCGCACAUUCACCUAAAGCAUCUGGAAUCUACGCUGAGUCCCAAGCUGACAGAACCGAUACGAAACGUUCCGGGCCCUGUCAGUCGCUAUGGGCGGAUCCAGAAGCAGAAAGAAUGCCAAGACUACAUUCCAUUGGACGUGGCUAGGUUUGUCACCAAAUCUCCGACGAAAGCUAAAAAUCCAAAAAAGGAACCGAUUGAAACUGGGUCUGAUAACUCACCCAUAGAGACAGUAGUGAAUGAAAGUGAAACAAUGAAUCCUCCAACAGUUUUACCGAGUGGCUUAGAUUUUGUAAACUUACAACCUGUACAGAUUGAUUGCUCCUUGGGACUGGAUAGCGAUGUUAAACUUGAAGACGUCGAUGGAUUGACUGAAGAGCCCCAAUUAAGUCCGGAACUGCUCGGUAUGGAUCAGAUUAAAAUUGUGGAUUUAGACUCCAGUUUAGGAUCGAAAAGUAUAGGUGCUGAAACGCUGCUUUCGAUAGAGGAAGAACUCCAAGAUGUUCAAAAGGACGAAAAAAUAGAAGAGACCGUCGUUAAUAACCUAGAACAUCUUGAAAAUAUACAACAAGAACCACUACAAACUACCACAGUAACAGAAGUCAACCUUGGUAAUGCAUCUUCAGAAGAAUCUGCUAUCAAUGAUGUUGCAACUCAAGAAGCUAACGGAAACGUACAAGAGAGGAUAGAGUGUAAUAACGUGACAACUACGGCAGAUGACAACCCGGAAACGCCCGAUUUAACCCAAGAGAUAGACAUUGCGAACGGAAAAUUCCAGUUGGGUCAACUGUGUUGGGCUUCGUUCCACGCCAAACAGGUGCAUUGGCCAUGUAUGAUUUGUUUGGAUCCAGAGACCGGUGAUUGUACCAUUGAAACCAAAAGUAAAGGGCUAAAAUUAAACGUAGUAUUUUUCGCUGACAAUGGUCGAAGAAGUUACAUCAGCGAGUACAAUCUGGUUCCUUUCCAAGGACUAGAAGAAUACAAAAAAUUGCUCGAUUCUGAAUUUCAUCACCUUAAGAAUCGUUUUAAAGUCUUCAGCAAACGACCGACUUGGGUAGCAGCAGUCGCGCAAGCAGAAGCCGCGUUCUUGGAUCCUAUCGAGACACGAAUAGAGAAUUUUCAGAUGCAGGUAGAACAGGAAAUUCGGAAUAAGCCAGCUCGAAAACGACGCACCAAAAGCACGUCUGCCGGUUACCAUAGCAACAGCUUCGAUGAUUCUUCCGAUUCACAGCGAAAACGACGAUCCAACACCCCAGAAAGUCCCGCCUACGAACCGUUAGAAAAUUUCAAAAAUCCUUCGAAACGCAUCAAACGGGAACCGCGAGAUGAUGAAGAGCAGCUGAUGAGUACCAUGUCUCGCUAUUUUCAAUCGAUGACCGAAGGAUCCGAUUUGCUUGAAACGGCUAGCGGUACCAGCAGCGAGUGUGAUGAGCUGACCGAUAUGAGCGGAUUCGAUCGAGAGGCGUAUCAAAGUCUUUUGAAUCUGAGUCGCAUGUACGUGUUCGAGGGUCAAGCAGAAGCUGAUAUCGAUCAGAAAUUGCAAAAAUAUGUUCAAAAAAUUUGCUCGCUUAGAAUGCAACAAACGACAGCUGGACGAACCGUGCCUUUUCCCAGUUCAUCGCGUGUUUCGAACCGACUCAGAUCGCAGGCGUUGCGCAAUUCGUUCCUCAAAUUUGAAAUGGAGCACGGUCUAGUAACGCCAGUUAGUAAACCCGACGAUACAAUGUCAGUUGCGAAGGAAAAUCAAUCCAAAGCUAAGAAGGAACCAAAAACCCUACAGGAAAUGUUUGUUUACAAGCUCGAAAAGAAUUAUCUCUUGAAAGGUGUUCCCAAGGGACCCAUUUGUGCGAUUUGUUUAAAAACUAAUGAGGUGACCAAGUGCGCCAAAUGUUCCAAUCACUAUCAUUUAGAAUGUCUAUCCACAAAUCUGGAGGAGCGAAAAAAACUUCGUGCUUCUGUCGAGGAGAAAUCUUUCAAAUGCAACGAUUGUACACUAAAUAAAAGCCACGCAUGCUUCGUCUGUCACGAUCAGGAGCCUACGUUUUUAGAGGAGCGCAAGCAUCGUUGUGCUGUUGCAUCGUGUGGUAAAUAUUACCACAUACCGUGUCUGCGACUGUUCCCGCAACAUCAGCUUACCAGCACGCCUAAUUCGAGCACUCUAUUUUGCUCCCAUCAUACGUGUCAUACGUGCGUUUCCGAUAAUCCUCGAGCUAACGCAAAUACCACCAAGGGACAAAUGAUCCGAUGCAUUAAGUGUCCCACCUCAUACCACACGGAUGCGAAGUGUAUCCCGGCAGGAUCUCAGCUGCUAUCCAAUGUGGCUAUGAUCUGCCCCAAGCAUACGCUGGAACAGAGCUCGCUGAACGUCAAUUGGUGUUUCUUAUGCUGCAAGGGUGGAAGUUUGAUUUGUUGUGAAACCUGUCCCACGGCGUUCCAUCUGGAGUGCCUCAAGUUUACACCUCCAGAAGGCAAAUACAUUUGCGAAGAAUGUGAAUCCGGACGAAUGCCUCUUUACAAUGAGAUUGUGUGGGCCAAGUAUGGUAGCUACAGGUUUUGGCCUGCUCUCAUCGUACCUCCGCCCAUGAUUCCGGAUCAAAUGUUGACGGUGCAACAUAAUGAAUGGGAUAUUUGCAUAAAGUUUUUCAAAAGUCAUGACCAUGCUUGGAUCAAUCGAAGGCGAAUCUAUUUGUAUCAAGAAGAUGAUUCGGACGUUACCGGUAAGGCCAGACGGAAGAGCGUUGGUGGUGGAAUCAAAGAAAGAUACAACAGUGCAAUUCGCGAAGCUGCCAUCGUUUUCCAAAUUUUGCAAGAGAACAAAGCAAAGGAGCCGUUAACUUUAGAUGAAUCUUCGUUCAAACCGCCGAUGUAUAUCAAAAUCAGAAGCAACAAGUACGUUCUACCGUUAAAGGCUCCAUUCCAGGGAAGAGAAGAAAUGGAUGACAACAUUUGUGAGUGUAGCCCUUCCGAUCCGGAUCCAUGUGGGUCAAGUUCGAAUUGCAUCAAUAGAGCUCUCAUGAUCGAGUGCAAUCAGAAAGUAUGUCCAUGUGGUGAUCUUUGCCAAAACCGGGCUUUCCAGUCGAAACGUUAUCCGGCUCUUUCUGUAAAACGAAUCAUGAACAAGGGCUGGGGUUUAGUGUCUCAAGAAGACAUACAGAUGGGACAGUUUGUGAUCGAAUACGUCGGAGAAGUUAUCAACAAUGACGAGCUAGCCAAGCGAUUACAGCAAAAGCAAGAUCAGAAAGAUGAAAACUACUACUUCCUGACGGUCGAUGGAGAUCUGACUAUCGACGCUGGACCCAAAGGAAACUUGGCUAGGUUUAUAAACCAUUCGUGUGAGCCAAAUUGUGUAACCAAUGUAUGGAGUGUUGGCGGAGCUCAACUGGUCGGCCUGUUCGCAAUCAAAGAUAUUAAAGCGGGAGACGAAAUAACUUUCAACUAUAAUUUUGCUAGCACUGGAGUAGAUAAAAAGAUUUGCCACUGUGGAGCGACAAAGUGUUCCGGUUUCAUAGGUUCAAAAUACCGACCAUCGGAACAGAAAGCGGCCGCAAAUUCUAAAGCCACCAAAGAAGGUAAAAAGAAAAGAAGGAAAUCUCGAGCUACCAAGGCUAAAAAAGUCAGAGGUGAGAAGAAACAAGAGGAACCGUUAAUGACAGAAGAUUCUUUAUUGGUCCUUAAAACGGAGCCUUUGGACGAAGCUUCUUCGACGAGUGUACUACCGGAAGAAAAGCCUAAUCUCCCUGAAGAAUCAAGUUCAGUCGAAGAGGUGAUAACAAAGCAAGGCCUGGAAUAAUUAUCACCGAAAAUUAUCAACCAGUAGCUAGAGAACUGACCCAAGUUUAAACGGCAGGUCCUACCAUCACAGCCUUGUUUUCUGUACGUAUGAGAAAACCAUUGUUUGUUGACGUCGGCAUUUCCCUGCGGUCGCUUCUUGUUGUUUCAUGAUCAAGGUAAAACAAAAUUAGAGGUAACUAUUUUUGAUGAACGUUUUUGUUUGCCCGAGAAAGGGAGUUAGUAUAUAGUCAUCACAGACGUUAAUUUUAUCGUGUUUCUUAAAUUCUUAUUACUUUACAAACAGGUUUAACAUUUGGUGGUCCAAAAUAGUAGAAACCUAUGGUUAAAUAUACGUGCUUGUCGGCGAGACAAUAAUAGUGUGAAUUGGAAAAAAAGCCUUCAGUGCGCUUUGAAUAUCUCGAAGAAAUGUUGUUAUAUUUAUUAUCCUUAUUACCUAUUCUGAACGAUUCAAUAUAUUGACCGUUAACGUGACCUCAAA